GGGCUGUCUCCGCUGCCCUCCUCGGUUUCUGUAAGAGCAGGCUCGGCUCACUUCGUCAGAAGCAAGGGUGCACGCAGUUCUUCCACACAUGUUACGGCGGAAAUAGAACUUUUCAUCCACCUGACAAAGAGGUUCAACGCAGUGUGUGUCCGACAAAGCCAUAAAGCAGAGCUUAAGAAAAGGUUCCCCUGAAGAAUGAGAGCUGAUGUUAGUAUGGAGGCCACCAGGUCCAAACAGACUGUCCAGCUCGGGCAGGAGGGACACCAGGCCACUGACAGACGCUACGCACCAUGCCCAGACAGUGGGGAAACAGGAGGUGCGUCCAAGGAUCAGAAGGUCACAGCUUUGGUCCAGAAAUGUAACCAAGGUGAAGGCAAAAGCUUUCAAACAAGUACACCUCCUGAGGGCAAAGUUUGCCGCAGUUUUGUCAGUUUACCUGCUCUUAAUCCAGAGAGACUGAAGACAGCCAGAGCUCUCGUGGACAAAGCUGUCAGGAUGCAUAAGGUAUUCUCUGUCCAGGGCCCUUACCCUGUCAUCAGGGCAGCAUUGAGGGCUAGAGGCUGGGUUGAGCAGCGUAUGCACCGCCCAAACCACCACGUUCACCAGAGUCACAGCGAUGAGGGCAGAGCCAGCUCUAAUGAUGCUGGUGACAGCGAUGACGACAAUGUCAACAAAGAGCAGGAUCCCGAUGGACUAUAUGAUCUAAUGUCUCGCCUGGUGCGGAAUGAAAUGGUUUAUUUCUUCUGGACAAAUCGUAGAGACGCCAUCAACCCCAACAGCUUGCAAAAAGAACAGAUUACCAAUCAUUUUGCCAAAGCAGGCAGCUUCACCACCAAGUCGGGGUUGUGUGUGAACCUGAGGAACCUGCGCUGGUUUGACUCCGCUGACCCAGACACCUUCUUCCCUCGCUGUUACAGACUAGCAGCACAGGAUGAGAAGCACGCUUUCAUUGAGGACUACAGGAGGACAGCCUGCACCAGCUUUUUGAAGUUCAUUGUGGAGAGGGAGCGGGGCGUUCAGGGAGAGAGAACGAGCCACAACAUUCGGACUAUGAGGAAACGAAGCAAACUGCGAUCCAGACCAGUGGACCUUUCCCAAAUGAUUAACAGUGCACUCAAAGUAUGCCAGGAGUUUCUCGAGAGUCUGGAGCAUCGUGACAUUGACAAAAACUUGGAGACACCACAGACACUUACAGAGGAGGAGUGGGCAUUGUUUCUCAACAGUUACUACCUUGUUGUUCAUGGAGGAGCAGAGAUCGAGAACAGUGAUCAUUUUGUGACCUGCUGCAAUGCCAUGCUACAGAGGCUGGUGGAGGUCAGUCCACAGCUGGACAUAGACGGCAUACACAACAUCUGGAUCAUCAAACCUGGAGCCAAGUCCAGAGGCAGAGGUAUCAAAUGUGCCAAGCGUCUGGAUCAGAUCCUCAGGCUGGUGGAUGGAGAUCCAACCCUAAUCAAGGAAAGCAAAUGGGUGGUGCAGAAGUACCUGGAGUGCCCAUUGCUGGUCCAUGGCACCAAAUUUGACGUGCGUCAGUGGUUCCUGGUCACCGACUGGAACCCUCUGACUGUGUGGUUCUAUAAAAAGUGCUACUUGCGUUUCUCUACGCAGCCUUACUCGCUCGAUACACUGGACAGCUCCGUCCACCUUUGCAAUAACUCCAUCCAGAAGCACCUGAGACCCUCCCAACAACGCCAUCGUGGUAUCCCAGCAAACAACAUGUGGUCUGAUGAUCAGUUCAGGACCUUUCUGUCCAGCCACGGCCAGGAAGCUCAGUGGCAGUUGGUGGUAGUCCCCGGGAUGAAGAAGGCUGUGAUCCAUGCAUUACAGGCAACACAGGAUCUGAUGGAGUCACGCAAAAACACAUUUGAGCUCUACGGCGCUGACUUCAUGUUAGGUUAUGACCUGUGUCCAUGGCUGAUAGAACUCAAUGCCAGUCCCACUAUGGCUCCCUCCACCUCUGUGACAGCCCGCCUCUGUACCGCUGUGCAGGAAGACACAUUACGAGUUGUCAUGGACCGGAGAGCAGACCGCACUGCAAACACCGGAGACUUUCAGCUCAUAUAUAGGCAGGCAGCAGUAGACGUGCCACAGUAUGUAGGAGUCCACCUACUUGUUGAGGGCACCAAGAUCAGGUGCCCCUGUCAACUGCCUUUGAUGAGGACCUCCAGCCGUUCAGCACCAAAACACCACAGCACCGUCAAGGAGAAGGAACCUGCCGCAGAAAAAGUAAAGCCAUUGCCUAAGAUGUUGUUGAAGAGUGCAGAGACUCAGCUCAAAAACAUCAGCAGUGGGGUUCUAUCUCCUCCUCUUCCUCCUGAGCCGCCUGUACCCAUCCCUAUUGAAACCUUCCCACUUCGCCUGCCAAUGACCAUAACGUCCAUCCAUCUGCCUGCUAGUGCCCAGUCUCACUCUGUAUUUUUUUGGAAGAGGAGACCAGAGGUAUCAAAAGUCUGCUCAGAGAAAGUCCAUCCCUGUAACAUAGAGAAGGACCAAGGUCAUUUUUUGUCUUUAGAGAUUAUUCCAAAACAACCCAGAGAAGCGGCCACCAGCACCUUGAGUGCCUAAAACAAAGUACCUGUUUUGUUAACCAAACCUUUGCAGGUUUUUUUUUGUGUACCUCAUAAUAAAGUUGAAAU